AUGAGUCUAAUCGCUAGAUCUGACGCCGUUAUAGAUGUACCAAACUACCAUACGCCAACUGGAGCCACCGCUACUAAUUUUUCUAGGUCAAAUUCAUUAGAUCCCCAACUUUCAAAUAAUCAUUUACAUACUAAUAAUCUACACAUAAAUACUAGCGGCUACCGCUUGCCCUACGAUGCGUACAAUAGAAAUAGCGCUAGGGAAGGUACGCCAAUAAGACAUCAGCAACGAACAAUCUACUCUGAAAGACAAUCAAGGGCAGAAGAACCUUUAAAUCACAUAGAGCGGACUUUGGCCGAUUACUGGAAGAGAAGGAUUUCACACGAAUCACCAACACAUCGCUCAACUUGCCAAUCGCAGCAAUCGAGAACUAGUUCAAUAUGUUCUGUAAAUUUGACACAAGAAUAUGCCAUUAAUGGAAGUCGUCAACAAACAUACAACUUGAGACAAGUGGAACAAGAUGCAUUACGGGGGAAUCUUAUUUAUACUUCCAACGGUAUGUUUAAUACAAGCUCACCCACAACGACAGAAUAUAGACAAUUAAACAGAUCAAACUGUCAUCUUCAACCGCAGCAGACUCAUAACAGCAUUAAUGGUCAAACUGUGCAGGAGAUCCAUAACGGUUAUACCGUAUACCCCACUUAUGACAAUCCUAAUGGCUCCUUCCACAAUGUGGCAGUUCAAAAUGUGAAUCAUGAUGUUCCUAGAAUUUUAAAUGUGAGCACGACUAGCUACACUUCAAAUGCACCCUCCUUCCACAAUUUAAACUUUGCAACUAACUCCAAUGCGCCUACACAUGUAUAUAUCAAUAAUUACCCAACACAAUCCAAUGUAUUAUACCAUGCGAACGUAGAAUCCGUUAGCACACAGGGCAACUACCCGUUAAUGCUACCGCUUGACCAGAUAUACGGUCGAAUUUCCAACCAACAACAAUUGAACAGUAAUAACAGCUCGGAAAAUGGGACACCCAGACACAUAUUAGAGACAUUUCCUACGAGCAUAUUUGAUGGGAAAAACUCUAGCGAUGGAAAGUGUUGCAUUUGUUGUCAGGACUAUGAUAUCGGAGAGGAACUGCGUCGCCUUCCAUGCUUACAUGAUUACCACGUCGGGUGUGUGGAUGAGUGGCUGGCCAAGAGCACGUUGUGCCCACUGUGUAAGAUGAACUUUACACAAUGA